CAUUUUAAUUGCUGUUGACUUUUCAUUGACAUGUAGCAUAGAUUUUUGCUUAUUUUUGUUUUUUAAAGAACGAUACUGAAAGACAAGAAAAAUGCUAUCAGAGGACUACAAACCUGCAGGAGUUGAGUUUCAGUCAUGAAACAUUAUAAUCAUUUUCUGUGCUUUCCAUAUUUCCUCGAAUGAUAAUGUACUAUUUUUAUAAUAUGAGAAAAUUUUUAAAGGAAAAGAAGUUCAAAAAAAAAAAAGGCCUCACUUGUAAGGUAGGGUAUGGUUUUUUCAAGUCUCAGGCACGUAAAUGACAAGGGACUUUUAAAAAAACAAAAAAACACUGCCAUUUAAAGCUGACUGGUAGGAUCUUCCCUGCUAAAUUAUUUUGCAAACUUCUUUAAAAAUAAAUGUAGACCACGAAUCAUUUACUAAACAUGUGAUUCCAGUAGCUCACUACCUUUUCUCUUCAGUUGGCUGUAGUUUAAAUUCUAAGGCCUCCUCAAGAAAUGACAUUUUCACAUUUCUUAGGCAUCUGUGGUGCCAGAGGAGCAAACCCAUCGCACACGCCAGGUCUGCCAUGGGGCCCUGGGCGGUGGGGAUUUUGGAUGUAACGUGUCUAGGCCAAGCCCGCGCCGUGAAAGGCCGACCCUGCCGAAAACCCGAGCGGCGGGCGCCCACAAGUCAGGGCUCGGUGCGGCGCCGCAGCCAGCUCUGCCCGCGAGCCGAGUCCGGGCUGCUGAGGGGGAGCCGCGCUGGGGGCGGCGGCGUCGGGGCGGGGGCGGGAGCCGGGCGGCAGCUCCAGCGCCCGUGGGGGAGGAGCGGUAGCGGCGGCGGCUGGAGCUGCUGUGGCGACCGACACGAGGCGGUGGCAGAGGAGACCCACCCCUGUCCACAUGGACAGUCGCAAAGGCCUCCGCUGAUGCAUUCACGCCUGGGCGGGGUGGGCGGACGGCCGUAGCGGCGACGGCUGCAGAACGAGCUAGGGGCCUGGAGGCGCCUGACGGUCGCAGGGACCUCGCCGCUCCGGCGCGGCGGGUGCGGCCAUUUUACGGCCUGGGACGAAGGGAGGCGUGUUUGUGUGCUCGCCUUCGUUCUCCUUUCUUGGGAACCCACGGCUGGGGGAAGUUUCUCAGGCAGCCUAGGUGGGCGGUGGAUGGGGAGUCGUGGGCCGAGAGGAACCGGGCCCGGGAAGCGCCGUCGUCGUCGUCGCCGCUCGCGUUCCCCCGGAGGGGCCUGAGAAGCUCGGGCCGCGGGCCUCGCUGCCCGCCAGCCCGCGGACAGGCCGGGGCGCGCCUGGCCUGCUUUUGUGUAGGCCCGUCUGAACGUGGGAGCGCAGCCCGCCUGACGGCUGAGCCCGAGGUCCGCAACCCUGCGGCGUCUACCCUCCUCCGGCGCGGCCCCUCAUCCCGGCGAGCACGGCGGCGGUGUGGGCCAUGGAUUAAGAAGGAGGCGGCGUGGGAGGAGGAAGAUGGCGGCCGGCAAGAGCGGCGGCAGCGCCGGGGAGAUUACUUUUCUGGAAGCUUUGGCUAGAUCAGAGUCUAAGAGAGAUGGAGGUUUUAAAAAUAAUUGGAGCUUUGAUCAUGAAGAAGAAAGUGAAGGAGAUACAGAUAAAGAGCAUUCUGUUCAGGCAGCAAUUUGGAAAUCCACCAUUUAUCAUGAUGGGACAAAUCUGCUCAGUGUGGAUGAAGAUGAGGAUUCUGAAACCUCAAAAGGAAAAAAGUUAAAUCGCCGAUCUGAAAUUGUUGCUAAUAGCUCUGGUGAAUUCAUCUUGAAGACAUAUGUAAGACGAAACAAGUCUGAAAGUUUUAAAACUUUGAAGGGCAACCCAAUUGGACUUAACAUGUUGAGCAACAAUAAGAAAUUGAGUGAAAAUAUGCAAAAUACGUCAUUAUGUUCUGGAACUGUAGUUCAUGGUAGACGUUUUCAUCAUGCUCAUGCACAGAUACCAGUAGUAAAAACAGCAGCCCAAAGCAGUCUGGACCGAAAAGAAAGGAAAGAAUACCCACCUCACGUCCAAAAAGUUGAAAUUAAUCCUGUAAGGUUAAGUCGGCUCCAAGGUGUUGAACGCAUAAUGAAGAAAACAGAAGAGUCCGAAUCACAAGUGGAACCUGAAAUUAAGAGGAAAGUACAACAGAAACGGCACUGUAGUACCUAUCAGCCUACUCCUCCUCUAUCUCCUGCUUCAAAAAAAUGUUUAACCCAUUUAGAGGAUUUGCAAAGAAAUUGCAGACAAGCUAUUACUUUGAAUGAGUCUACUGGACCAUUAUUAAGAACGUCAAUUCAUCAGAAUUCUGGAGGACAGAAGUCACAAAACACAGGAUUAACAACCAAGAAGUUUUAUGGCAACAGUGUGGAAAAGGUUCCAAUUGAUAUUAUUGUGAAUUGUGAUGACAGUAAACACACUUAUUUACAGACUAAUGGAAAAGUCAUUUUACCUGGGGCAAAAAUACCCAAAAUCACAAACUUGAAAGAAAGGAAAACAAGUUUGUCAGACCUAAAUGAUCCAAUCAUUUUGUCCAGUGAUGAUGAUGAUGACAACGACAGAACUAACAGAAGAGAAAGCGUAUCUCCUCAGCCUGCUGAUUCAGCGUGUUCUUCCCCUGCACCAUCCACUGGAAAAGUAGAAGCAGCGCUAAAUGAAAAUACUUGCAGAGUAGAGCGUGAACUACGAAGCAUUCCAGAAGACUCAGAGUUAAAUACAGUUACAUUGCCAAGAAAAGCAAGAAUGAAAGACCAGUUUGGCAAUUCUAUUAUCAACACACCUCUAAAACGUCGUAAAGUGUUUUCUCAAGAACCUCUAGGUCCUUUAGCUUUAAGCUGCCAAAGUUCCUUUGACAGUGUCAUUUUAAACUGUCGAAGUAUACGAGUAGGAACACUCUUCCGGCUGUUAAUAGAGCCUGUAAUUUUUUGUUUAGAUUUUAUCAAGAUACAGCUAGACGAACCAGACCAUGAUCCUGUAGAGAUUAUUUUAAAUACCUCUGAUCUAACUAAAUGUGAAUGGUGUAAUGUCCGAAAAUUACCUGUAGUGUUUCUUCAAGCAAUUCCAGCCGUUUAUCAAAAGCUGAGCAUGCAACUGCAAAUGAAUAAGGAGGAUAAAGUUUGGAAUGAUUGUAAAGGAAUAAAUAAAUUAACAAAUUUAGAAGAACAAUAUAUAAUUUUAAUUUUUCAAAAUGGCCUUGAUCCUCAGGCAAAUAUGGUAUUUGAAAGUAUCAUUAAUGAAAUUGGUAUAAAGAAUAACAUCUCCAAUUUUUUUGCGAAAAUUCCCUUUGAAGAAGCUAAUGGCAGACUUGUUGCCUGUACAAGAACCUUUGAAGAGAGCAUCAAAGGAAGUUGUGGGCAAAAGGAAAACAAAAUUAAAACUGUAUCAUUUGAAUCUAAAAUACAACUUAGAAGCAAACAAGAAUUUCAGUUUUUUGAUGAAGAAGAAGAAACUGGAGAAAACCACACCAUCUUCGUUGGCCCAGUAGAAAAGUUGAUAGUAUAUCCACCACCUCCAGCUAAGGGAGGCAUCUCUGUUACCAAUGAGGACCUGCACUGUCUAAAUGAAGGAGAAUUUUUAAAUGAUGUUAUUAUAGACUUUUAUUUGAAAUACUUGGUGCUUGAAAAACUGAAGAAAGAAGACGCUGACCGAAUUCAUAUAUUCAGUUCUUUUUUCUAUAAACGCCUUAAUCAGAGAGAGAGGAGAAAUCAUGAAACAACUAAUCUGUCAAUACAGCAAAAACGACAUGGUAGAGUAAAAACAUGGACCCGGCACGUAGAUAUUUUUGAGAAGGAUUUUAUUUUUGUACCCCUUAAUGAAGCUGCACACUGGUUUUUGGCUGUUGUUUGUUUCCCCGGUUUGGAAAAACCAAAGUAUGAACCUAAUCCUCAUUACCAUGAAAAUGCUGUCAUACAGAAAUGUUCAACUGUAGAGGACAGUUGUAUUUCUUCUUCAGCCAGUGAAAUGGAGAGUUGUUCGCAAAACUCUUCUGCCAAGCCUGUAAUUAAGAAGAUGCUAAACAAAAAACAUUGCAUAGCUGUAAUUGAUUCCAAUCCUGGGCAGGAAGAAAGUGACCCUCGUUAUAAGAGAAACAUAUGCAGUGUAAAAUACAGUGUGAAAAAAAUAAAUCAUACUGCGAGUGAAAAUGAAGAAUUCAAUAAAGGAGAAUCUACAUCCCAGAAAGUUGCUGAUAGGACUAAAAGUGAGAAUGGCCUACAGAAUGAAGGUUUAAGUUCCACACAUCAUACAGAUGGCUUAAGCAAAAUCAGACUAAACUAUAGCGAUGAAUCACCUGAAGCUGGUAAAAUGCUUGAAGAUGAACUCGUCGACUUCUCAGAUCAGGAUAACCAGGAUGAUAGCAGUGAUGAUGGAUUCCUCGCUGAUGACAACUGCAAUUCAGAAAUAGGACAGUGGCAUUUAAAGUCUACUAUCUGUAAACAACCUUGUAUCCUACUUAUGGACUCACUCCGAGGCCCUUCUCGGUCAAAUGUUGUCAAAAUUUUAAGAGAGUAUUUAGAAGUGGAAUGGGAAGUUAAAAAAGGAAGCAAAAGAAGUUUUUCCAAAGAUGUUAUGAAGGGCUCUAAUCCAAAAGUACCACAGCAAAACAACUUCAGUGACUGUGGUGUAUAUGUAUUGCAGUAUGUAGAGAGCUUUUUUGAGAAUCCAAUUCUCAAUUUUGAACUACCUAUGAAUUUGGCAAACUGGUUUCCUCCACCAAGAAUGAGAACAAAAAGAGAAGAAAUCCGAAACAUAAUUCUGAAGCUACAGGAAGAUCAGAGCAAAGAGAAAAAAAAGCAUAAGGACACUUACUCAACAGAAGCACCUUUAGGCGAAGGAACAGAACAAUAUGUCAAUAGUAUCUCAGACUGACCAUUUCUGUUACUUGUCAUUUCUACCUUCAGAAACUAAAUGACUUUCAAAUUUGGGUAUAGACAAUAAAGAACUGAAGUGCUCACUACUCAGUGAUUUGGAAAUUUUGAUGCUUGUAUAAAUGUCACAUAAUUAAUUUCCAAAGGCAUAUGUAUUAAGUAAAAGUCUGUAAAUAUGUUAAUGAGGCCAAUUUUUCCAGCAUUUAUAAUUAUUUUUUUCACUUGUUAGGAAGCUUUUGUUAUGUAUUUUCUGUUAAUAGUACCUAAAAUUGCAACUUCUAAACACAAAUAAAAAGAAAAUAUUUAUAGGAGGAAA